CAAAAUCUGCGCAUGCGCAGCGGGGCUCCUCGGUGUGCUGUUUCGGCCUGUUUCGGCACUGGCCGGACAUUUUCGCCUCUUUGUUUUACUGAUAGUGGAUUUAACUCGGAUUCAACCCAAUAUCCAGCGGACCGCUGUGGCCAUAAACAGCUGUGUGAAGUGGAGCACAGGAUGCAGUGUUAACACCACCCUGUGUCUCGCAGAAGAAGCCCGGCUGCCAGACCCUCAGCAGUAGACACAUGGCGGCAUUAGGGAACCCCGAGAUGUUAACCAGGAAGAUUAAACUGUGGGACAUCAACGCCCACAUCACCUGUCGUCUGUGUGAGGGGUACCUGAUCGAUGCCACCACGGUCACUGAGUGCUUACACACCUUCUGCAGGAGCUGUUUGGUGAAGUACCUAGAAGAGAACAACACGUGCCCCACAUGUCGGAUUGUCAUUCACCAGAGCCAUCCACUGCAGUACAUCGGCCAUGACCGAACAAUGCAAGAUAUUGUCUAUAAGUUGGUGCCAGGACUGCAAGAAGCGGAGAUGACAAAACAGAGAGAAUUUUAUCAGAAGUUAGGCAUGGAAGUGCCUGGAGACAUUAAAGGAGAGCUGUGUAACAUGAAACCCCACCUGGACUCACAGCGCAAUGGUGACCUAAAAUCAGAAGAUCCAGCCAAUAAGGAAGCAGGAGACGAAAAAGCAGAGGAGGACAAUGACUACCAUCGCAGUGAUGAGCAGGUGAGUAUCUGUCUGGAGUGUAACAGCAGUAAGCUCAGAGGACUCAAGCGGAAGUGGAUUCGUUGUUCGGCUCAGGCGACUGUUCUCCACCUCAAGAAGUUCAUCGCAAAGAAGCUAAACCUGACAUCUUUCAAUGAGCUGGACAUCUUAUGUAAUGAAGAAAUCUUGGGCAAGGACCAUACUUUGAAAUUUGUUGUGGUAACAAGAUGGAGAUUUAAGAAAUCCCCCCUCCUCCUUCAUUACAGACCCAAAAUGGAUCUGCUGUAGUUGGACAAAAACGCUUGGUUGUUUUGGCCCAGUGGCUGAGGACUGUGCUACGUGCUAUAUAUGCAGAGACCAUCAACGCCCACACCAAACAAACACCCGUCAACACAGAUACGAGCCAGCAAACAACAAAACCAGCACAGCCACUGCGACACUGGCAACUUUUGGGAACAACCGCUUUUCUCUGUUUGUUCGUCCGCUAUAUGUCCUAUAUAUGUGAAAAAUUGAGAGAAAGCAUAUAUUUAUACUUUUGUAUAGAUGAGAGAAGUGGAACCAAGACCUUAUUGGUGCGCUGUUUACACUAUUAAAACAAAAAAAGAAAAAAAAAAGGUCAUAAGAAAAGAUUUAACAUUUUUUUUGUACCAUUGGACUUUGUUCCUACUUCAAUUAUGGGCAAAAAGAUGGUGCUCGGUGUCUGCCGCCCUCCGUGGAAGUGUCCACUUUUACACUGCUAACCAGAAGAGAAGAGGCGUUUCAAACUGACCGCUCUCUCUCAGGUCUUACCCAACAAUUCUCGGGAGUGCAGAGCCUUUCUAAGCUUAUAUAAAGCAGUUUAUAUGAGUGUAUUAUUUCAGAGCGGUUUCUUUUUUUACUUUUCGGCAUCGCUACGAGUGGAAUUGUGAAUAGGCAAAUUUAUGUGUAGUAUUUAUGUUCUGUUUACCAAUAUUGUAUAUAAAAGUUGUUGGUGGAGAGAAGGGAUGAAAGAUGUUAUGAAAGUGUGUGUGAAAGACUAAAAGGAUAGAAAAAUAUAGACCGAUUAGAGUGGUUUUCCAAAAAUGCUCUAUUUUGGCCUGUGUUUAUGUGGCUACAUGGAAAAGACAUAAAUAUUUAGCUAAAUUCAAGGCAGAUUGCAAAUUGGGUGAAUCUCACUAAAUAUUUUCACCCCAAAAUCAAAAGAAAAAAAGAAAUUGUAUUUUGCCAAAAGGAAAUGAAGGUUUGUUUUGGGACCAUUAAGAUUUGUUUUUGCCAUUAUUUUUAGGAAAAUUACGCAAAUCCCCUGCCCAAAUUCAGACAUUAUUAUAAUGCAUCUGUAUGGUUUUGUGAUUUUCAUUUUUCGCAAUACAGAUUUGCAUUACUGUAAUACAGUAAAAAGUGUAUUACAGUAAACGGUAACAGUGUAUUACAGUAAAAAGUGCAUCUUUUUAUCUUUAUUUACAGCACACCUUAAAGUCAGUACAGUGUAUACAUCUGUGAUGAAUAAAUACAAUUUUAAAAUCACAUUUCUUUACAUUUUCCUUACAUUCUUUAUUUUUUUGUAUUUGCAUUGCAGUAAUGAGCAGUUUUGUAGAUUGUUAUUUAUUAAGAAAAUAAUGUCACAAUGCAAAAAAGUCUUAAUGGUCAUAAAAACAAUCUACUUUUUCUUAAAUAUAAUUUAAUAGAUGAAUUAUAAUAAUUAUAAUUAUUAUUUUAUAAAUAAUUUUGUAAAAGAUAUAUAAAUUAUUUAGUGUUUUUCCUCUUUUUUUCAUUAGAUUUUCGGGUAAAAUAUGACCCAAGCAAUUUGACAAAAGUUAUGAAAUUCACUCAGUACAUCUCUUUUUAGUGGUGCAGACGUUUUAUGAUGCAAAAAGCUUAUAUUUUGGUUCUCUUUAACUAAGGAUGAUUUUUAAGUGUCUAAUUAAACACAUCAGUGAUUAAAAUCGAUUUUUGAACAGGAAAGUUGCUUUUAAUCAUUUGAUUCUCCCAAAUGUUAAUUUGCAGCUCUAGAGUCAUUAAGGAUGUGUGAGGAUGAAUCCUUAGUAUGUUAAUAUCUUUAACUUACUUUCAUAAACAGCCAACCCCAUCAUAUAAUCCCACAGCCUCAAUGUCAUAUAUGCAAUGCAUUACCAUUUAAUUGAAGAUGUAACAUUCAGUCCUUACAAUGACGUGAUGUCAGUUCUGUGCUCCUCCACAGUAUGAAUGUAACCCACAAGCAACCGUCCAUAUGUAUUGUACAGUUAUUUGUUUUAUCACUGUCUUUAGUGCCAAAGGCUUCAUACUCCCCCCUGACUUCACUCUGUUCCGGGAGGCAAGCUGCAUGGAUGGCAGAAUGCGAAAAGUGUUUGGCCUUUAACUGAUCUAAUAUAGAGGAAAAUGGCAAAUUGAGAUCAGAGUAUGAUUUUUCGGGUUAGGUUAUUGAAAAUUGGCUAGUUGUUGCAAUCGUUGGUUUUAUUUAUUUAUUUAUUUUUUUUUGGUGGGCCCUCAAUGAAUUAAAGUCAUUUUUAUUUCCAUUGUGGCAGACAAACUGCUUCUAGUUGAUCAAACAUUAAAGGGCUCUUAUCAGAUUUCUAACGUAAAAGUAUUUGAAAUCUUUCUCAAAGAGCUAAUUGACUUUUUAUAUCCAAACAUUUACUUAAAAAGCCUGUUUUUACUUUGAAACAAUCCACUGUCGGUCAGCUUUUACACGGGUAAAUGCCAAACCAGCUUGACCAAAUUUCUCUGGAUAUCAAGUUAUUCCACAAAUACUGAUUUUUUUAUUUUUUAUUUUUUUAUAUCCAAUACUGGAGUCUUGCCCAUGAGUCUUUUUUCACUGUCUUAUAAUGUGAAUUAUCUCAGUAUGCAUUCUGUUUUCAGCUUCACUGCAUAUUGUUUGGCUUUAUUGCAUCACCAAUAUGCUUUUGUAAAGAGGAUGAUGUCAUGAUGUUUUAAAUAUUGCGUUCUUGUAUGUAUCCGCCAUUUCACACAAACGUUUAAAUGGCUAGCAUUCCAAACAGACUGCAGGUUUAUUCCUGGUGAUGAAAAGGCAACAAAUGCAUGAUUUUACGGUUUUAUUUAAUGCGUUUCUGAUACUCGUCAUUUUUUGGGGUCAUUGCCAUGGUGAAGGCUGGUGUUCGCUGGCGUUUCUCCCAUUUGAGACAAUAACCGGUGCUAAUGUUUUGUACCUUUUACAAAUAAACCGAACUACACAUGGUGCAGACCAGGACUGAGUCUUAAAAUAAGUGUAUAGCUUUUUGAAAUGUUUGGUGCUCUCAGGUCAUGUGAAACUUGUUUUUACAGCCUGUCUUUGAGGAAAGUUGGUUAUGGAUUCAUGAAUUUUCUUUUACUGCUGUCCUAGGUCAAUCUGAAUAAGUCUCAAAUGGCAAAAUAACACCUUCGUUGUCAUAAAGAACACUAGCAUUUAGAGUAAGACCAGUUGUACAUCAUUUCCACAGCUUUGCUCAAUCAUUCCAGGAUUUGAACAUGGCAACUUGUUCUGGCACUGUUCUAUAUUGUUAAACCUCUUUCGCAAAUCUCUAUGCGGUGGUUCCAUUUUUUGGAGAUGAAGGCAAGUCGGAAGACAGGGUUUUUUGCUUUAGUAUUGUUUAAAUCCCCACACAGUUCCACUCUCCCAGGGCCUCAUUGUGCAUGAGAGGUGUGUUAGCGCUCUGAGGUAGAUUCGCUAUCCUGCGCAGUAUUGGAAUUGAUCGAUGCUCGGGCCGUGUUAUCAGGCUUGCAUUGAGACAUCAGAGCUACUUCACUUGACAGGCAGGCUGUAAGAAGCUUACUAGAGACCUGCUUUACUGCUUUAGAAGCUGUGGACUGUGUCCAGACUGAAGUUGCCAAGACUGGAGGCUGGUCGUCUUAUCUCCGUUUGCUAGUUUUUUUGUUUUUUUUUUGGCAGCGUGUGGCCCUGCGACAAUGGUGCCCCGUGACUGACUUUGAAAUUCGAAACUGAGCUACAAAUCUGGAGAUGUAGAGAUGAUAUCAGAGGAUGAUCCUUAGGUGAAUCUCAGGAAAUUAUCUGUAACGUAUCUGUGUCGUAUUUCACCCCAAAUGAAAAAAAGAAGUUAUAUUUUGCUAUUGUGUAAUGACCAGUGUGAUGUUUUGAAAUUCAUUUUCCUCCAAUUGUCAUUAAUGUAAUGCAAAAAAUAUCUUUUACUGUAAUGUAAAAAGAUUAUAUUUAAUUUAUUUAUAGAUUGAAAUAUUUCUUGUAGGCAUUUAUGUUGAUGUAAUUCAAUGUGAAUAUUGUGGGGGAAAAACGGAGAAUGGCCAGGUGUGUUAUAGUAAUGAUAAUUUGGGAGCAAGUUUGGCUUAAUUGUCAUGUUAAGCGAGAGUUCACCUAAAAAAAUGAAAAUUGUCAUCUACUCUUCCUCAUGUUUUUCCAAACUGGUAUGCAUUUUUCCUUGUAGUGUAUUUCUAUGGCUACCAGAAACUGUUUGGUUACCAAAAUUCUUCUUCAAAAUUAUAUAUUAUAUAUAAAUUAUAUAAUAUAUAUAUGAAAGAAACUCAUACAGGUUUGGAGCAACUAAUGGGUUACUAUGAAAAUUGAUAUAAUUUUAAUUUUUUGGUGAACUAUCCCCUUAAUGGUCUAAGAAUAGGGUUAAUUUUCUAUAUAUAAAAUAUCAUUUCUUUUUUUUUCGGAGUGAAAUUUGACCUAGACAUGUUUUCACGAUUCACCUCUCUGUGUCAACAGAAAACAUUUCAAUAAAAUAAAAACUACCCAUUUCUCCAUCGUGCAAGAUUUCAGCUGCGCUGGAAAGCACUUCUUAUUUAUUGUCUUUUGAAAAGCUUACCGCAGCCCUAAAAGGGCACCAUUUCGGUUUAUUUCUCAUUCUGUAUAUCAUCUCUCUCCAGUCACUCUCUCGAGUCAGGAUCGUCUGUCCUCUGAGUCAUCUGCCGUGAUUGUAUUCUCACUAGAGCAGUGUGUUUAAAGAGCACUCUGCGUUAAGGUCUGAGAGUCUGUAAAAUCAGACUAUGAGGCUGACACACAGAAACUGCAAUCCUGUCCUAAUAGGGUUUCAGCGGGUGACUUUUCUAAGGUUGCAUUGAUUGAGCUACUAUGAUUGGUCAGUUUUUGGGUUCGGCUGAUUAUGAGCCUGAUUGGCUAGUGGUUGCAAGGUAUGUCACUAUGGCUAUUGUUUGCUGUCAGUUAAAAGCAUUGAAACAUUCCUGUACGAAAUCUCUUGUUUGGGCAACCGGUUUUCACAAUUAUUCGCAGUCUGGGUAUUGUAUUUGGAUUGUUGUUGAUUUGAAGUAACUAACCUUCAAGGUGGUACCCUCAAAUGAGCCAUAUAUAUUUAUCACACUUCUCACAUUUCCACCCAUUAAAUGUUAUUUAUUUAUACUGUAAAGACUGAAGUGAUCUGAAAUAUAAAGCCUGUCGAGAUUUGCCGCCUCUCGUUGAUAUCUUUAUCUGUACAUGCUUUGAUUGAUUGAUAUAUACAGGAUUUGAACAUGAUGAAAUAGCAUCACUUAAGCAUUAUAUCCCUUUUCCUUCUCUGCCAUUCAGUAUAUAGUCUUAUCCGUGUAUGCGCUUUGUGUAUUAAAGAAGCUGAAAAUUCAUUUCAAGGUUGUGGUGGGACCGGGAAAAAGCAUUCAGAUUGGGUCGUGUGGAACGAUCGUUAUGUAUCCAAGGAAAAAAAUUAAAAGUGCAAUAUAUGUCUCUCAGAUGGUUCUUGGUUUCAGCUCUGGAAGCUUCAUUCGAUUUAUAUCUGUUCGUUAGGUGCUCAGGUCACAGAUAGAGUCCAUACAGUUCUCAUCCCUCUGAUUCUACGGGUGCCUGCUUGGCGCAAUUCACACUAAUGUUCCAAACAUAGCACAUUGUUUUCCUCACAUUCUUUUGGUUCUUUUUGCAACAGCUGUUAAGUUUCUUUUAGUGGUAUAAUAUUGACAUUUAAUAGUGUCCUUUUCCUUGUCUCUUUUUUUUUCUGGCAUAAUGAUUAUUUAUUGCACAUGGUUUCCAUAGUCACACAAAGGAGUUUUGUUUAAAAUGGGCUGGAGUUUCUUACAAUUUUAUGGAAGCUUUUGUUGAAAAUUUUGAAAGUGUGUAUUUCAUGAAUAAAUGCCUUAAAAAGAA